AUGCCAAUUCAAUGGUUGCGAGACAGUUUUCUUGGACAGACUUUACGUCAAUUGUACAAGCCCUCGUGGCUUAAGUACAAAGAAGAGACUCCGGACUAUUGGCAGCACACCCUCCAUUCUCAGGACGAGAAGAAGACAACAGCGGUAGAGUGGUAUUCAGAAAAUGACGAAGAGAAUCCUCAAAAUUGGUCAAAUCCAAAGAAAGCAUUCGUUCUCUUUACUAUAGGCAUUUACAGCUUUGUGGUGUACAUGGCCGCGCCAAUUUACACACCCAGCGAGAACGCCUUCAUCGAAGAAUUUGGCGUGAACAAUGCGGAAGCAUCUCUUGGUCUUGCUAUUUAUGUGCUGGGAUACGGCGCCGGUCCGCUCUUUUUUAGCCCUCUGAGCGAGAUUCCUCGCAUUGGCCGCAGCCUUCCAUACGCAAUUUCCUUCUUGUUAUUUUGCAUCAUCAGCAUUCCUACAGCAUUGGCGCCCAAUGCAAUCGGAUUCUACUUUCUACGCUUCCUCCAAGGCUUCUUUGGUAGCCCCUGUUUGGCUACUGGGGGUGCUUCGAUUGCAGACAUCUACUCGACCGAGGUACUUCCACAUUCCAUGACAACGUGGGUCCUUUGUGUUUUCAGUGCACCCGCCAUAGGUGUGCUGGUAUCUGGAUUUGCGAUCCCAGUACUUGGCUGGCGAUUUUCCAUGUGGGAGAUUCUGAUCGCCGCGGGCCCGAUUCUCAUCCUUCUCUUCUUGUUGCCCGAAACCAAUCCCACCACCAUCUUACAUCGACGUGCGCGACGCUUGGAGACCCAUGACUCUGAUAAAUCCCACACUUAUCAGACUGCUGCCGAUGUCGCCCAAGCGGGUGUCUCUUUUCAUGAAGUCAUCCAGGAGUCGUUGCUUAUUCCAUCGAGAAUCACUUUUCUGGACCCGGCAAUUCUAUUCUUGAACUUGUACACGUCUCUGACUUACGGGAUCUACUACUCUUUCUUCGAAGCAUUCCCAAUUGUGUAUCAGGGGAUGUAUGGGUUCAAUUUGGGAGAAAUGGGCCUCGCCUUCUUAGCUAUCGUUGUCGGAUCUAUUAUCUCCUUUUUGGUCUACAACCUCUACAUUUACAAGAUUUUUGUUCCGAAGACAAAGAGAGGGCAGAUCCAAAAGCCAGAAGAUGUCUUGGUUCCGGCUUUGUUUGCAUGCUUCGGACCAGCCAUCGGGUUGUUUCUUUUUGGCUGGGCUGCAGAUCCAAGAGUACAUUGGAUUGUGCCGACGAUUGGUAUCGUGAUCUACCCGGCUUGUGUUUUUAUCUUGAUGCAAUCCAUCUUCCUGUACAUUCCUGCAUGCUAUCCUCAAUAUGCCGCGAGUGUUUUUGCAGCAACUGAUUUCACGCGAAGCGCCUUUGCUUGUGGUGCCGUUGUUUUUUCUCGGCCGCUUUACGAAAACCUUGGAGUGGGCCCAGGAUGCAGCUUGUUGGCUGGUUUGACGGUUGGAUGUAUCAUUGGGAUAUAUUUGCUUUACAAUUUUGGGGAGCGAUUGAGAUUGAGAUCAAAAUUUGUGUCCAGGUGGUAA